AUGGAGUCCAGUUCUUCAUCCAUAAGUGAAAUAACAACCAAUCAACCAUCAGUAAAUUGCAGCAUAGCUCCAUUGAUGACAUCUGAGUCUAAUAGACCAUUUUUCAUUGCAAUCUGCACAGAGAUAAUUUGCGAAUUAGAUCCGCUUAUUAUUGCUGAACUUUAUGAUGAACUUCAAGAACAUUGGACCUUGAUAGAUGGUUAUGGAAAUAAUCAUGAAGUUGAAUUUAACAAAUCUAUACUAAUGCCAAUGCUUAGGGAAGGAUGGCACCAAUUCAGAAAUGUUUAUAAUAUUAUAUCAAACCUACUUAUGUCUUACACAUAUUUAGGAAAUAGUACAUUCCAAAUUCAAAUUUUCACCGGAUCUACACCAACAAAUGAAUAUCCACGCUAUCAUCGAUUGACUACUUCAAGACUUAAAGAUGUUACAUUUUAUGUUGACGUGCCGAAGAAAGAGCGAAUUCGUACAAAAUUGAUUCUACCACCUGAUCUUGGUCAUUUCCUUAAACUAAAAAACCAUGAGUACCUACGGUUGUGUGGCACAUCAAACACUAUCACUAUUUGCAAAUUGCUCUUCGAAGAGGAUGCUGAAAGUAAUGCAACAACUGUGAUCAUAGGUCGAGGAUGGAGGCCAUUUUGCUUGACAAACCGUAUAUAUCCAGAUAGCAUACUACAAUUUAUGUGUGACUCAAUCAUGGCUAAAAACAUUGUCUCCGUUUGCAAAGUUUCGAGACGUUAUUAA